GUCAGUCCAUGGUAUUCCGCUCCCCCCUAGACCUCUAUUCCUCCCACUUCUUGUUGCCAAACUUCGCCGAUUCUCACCACCGCUCCCUACUUCUGGCGAGUAGCGGCGGCGGGACCGGUGCGGGAGGCGGCGGCGGCGGCACGGGCGGCGGCGGCGGCGGCGGGAACUGUGCGGGAGGCGGCGGUGCUGGCGGAGCAGGCGGCGGCGGCGGCAGCGGCGGCGGCUCCAGGGCCCCCCCGGAAGAGUUGUCCAUGUUCCAGCUGCCCACCCUCAACUUCUCGCCGGAGCAGGUGGCCAGCGUCUGCGAGACGCUGGAGGAGACGGGCGACAUCGAGCGGCUGGGCCGCUUCCUCUGGUCGCUGCCCGUGGCCCCCGGGGCGUGCGAGGCCAUCAACAAGCACGAGUCCAUCCUGCGCGCGCGCGCCGUGGUCGCCUUCCACACGGGGAACUUCCGCGACCUGUACCACAUCCUGGAGAACCACAAGUUCACCAAGGAGUCGCACGGCAAGCUGCAGGCCAUGUGGCUCGAGGCGCACUACCAGGAGGCCGAGAAGCUGCGCGGCCGCCCGCUCGGCCCGGUGGACAAGUACCGCGUGCGCAAGAAGUUCCCGCUGCCGCGCACCAUCUGGGACGGCGAGCAGAAGACGCAUUGCUUCAAGGAGCGGACUCGGAGCCUGCUGCGGGAAUGGUACCUGCAGGACCCCUACCCCAACCCCAGCAAGAAACGCGAACUGGCGCAGGCCACCGGCCUCACUCCCACACAAGUAGGCAACUGGUUUAAGAACCGGAGGCAGCGCGACCGCGCCGCGGCGGCCAAGAACAGGUCAGUGGCGGGGCCCCCGCGGCCCGGCUACCGUCUCCGGGACCCGGGAGAGGGAGAAGGGUUGAAAUGGGGGCCGGCGGGCGUGCUCUUCGGGCUGGGGUAG